AUCCAUACUGCGAUUCGCGUUCAGUUUGAAUGUUCGGCGCGGGACAACCGGAAACAACCCGCAGUCGACUUGACAGCGAAAGAAAAAAAGCAGAAUGGCCUCCUCGACAACCGGCACCGAUGAGGGCGCGUUCAAGACCCCGAAGAACGUGCGCGUGAAGAGCUUCGCGAGCAGCGGCGGGACCCCCGUCACCAUCCCGGCUUCACCCUUCAUGAAGAAGUUGGGCUGUGGGACCGGAGUCAACGUUUACCUCAUGGACAGGAUGGGGAAGCUGAACGCGUCUCCCUGGGCUGUGAAGAAGAUCAACCGCAAAUGUGCCGACAAGCAGGUGGCGGUUUACCAGAAGCGUCUGAACGAGGAGGCGAAGGUCCUGAAGGGAAUCGAUCACCCCAACAUCGUUGGUUUCCGAGCCUUCGCCACGGCCAAAGACGGCUCCAAGUGUCUGGCCAUGGAGUACGGAGGCGAGCAGUCGCUCAACGACCUCAUCGAGAAGAGGAAGGAGGACGGGCUGAAAGCCUUUCCCGUGGCCAACAUUGAGAAAGUGGCGCUGCAUGUGGCCCGCGGCCUGCGGUAUCUUCACAACGAGAAGAAGCUGCUGCACGGCGACAUGAAGUCGUGCAACGUGGUCAUCAAAGGCGACUUCGAGAGCGUGAAGAUCUGUGACGUGGGCGUGUCUCUGCAGCUCGACGAGAACAUGAGAGUGUCGGAUCCCAAGGCGGACUACAUCGGCACGGAGCCGUGGAAGCCGAUGGAGGCUCUGGAGGAGGGAGGCGAGAUCAGCGACAAGGCCGACAUGUUCGCCUACGGCCUGACUCUGUGGGAGAUGAUGACGCUGGCCAUGCCUCACCUGGAGAUGCUGGGGGAUGACGACGACAAGGAGGAUGAAGACGACUCGAUGGACGAAGAGAGUUUUGACGAGGACGCGUACUACGAGAGGUUGGGGACGAGGCCGACGCUGGACGUCGAGGCUCUGGGCAGCUCGUACCAGAGGAUGGUGGAGCUGUUCUUCCUCUGCACGGAGGAAGAGCCGAAGAAGAGGCCGUCCGCCGCCCAGGUGGUCCAGGCUCUGGAGAGCAACGCCCCGCUGGACAAGACACCGUGCGAGGUGAUCGUCAUCGACUGAUCUGCAUUUUCACGUUUGAAGCUGCUAAUCAAGAAUACUCAGUCCGAACGGCAGAUUAUAUGAAUCAUGUUUUCUUUUUUCCAAGGUUUUUUGCAGACUGUAAUCUCUCACGUGCGUCUUUAUUCUUUGACACUUUCUAUUUGUUUGUUAUCAUCUCUCUUGUACUGUCCACCUUUUAUUUUUAUGUUUUUUCUUCUGUACAUUGCCACUUUUGACAUUUCUUUCAUCUGUAUCACUAAAUUGGAUUUAGACCAAAACAGCUUGUUUUAAUUUUGUAUCUUUUUCAUGUCUCGCAUAGUCUACUUUGCUGAUGUAUAAGUGGCCAUAGUAUAACUUUACCUUUAGUAAAGCAGGAGUCCAAUAUUUUCUAUUAUAGCCUGCUUACUUUAAAGAUGUAAAACAUACAUUUUUAUAUAGUACAAAUAAAAUUUUAAACAGUAA